GCGAGCUGAGCAUUACUUUAGGAAAAGAAAAUUGAAUUACAUAUACUAUUGUAGAGAAAUAUAUAUAUUAAAGAAAUGGAUCGCAGAUCGAGAAGUGUGGAGUCUCGGCAUUAUAAAAGGAGGAGAAAAUCGCGUUCAAGAUCAAGUAGUCGUGGCCGCAGAGAUAGAGGGUAUUCUGAUCGGGAUAAGUAUGAUCGAGAUAGGUAUGAUAGAGGAGAUAGAGAUCGUCGUAGACGUCGUAGUAGAAGUCGCAGCAAAUCAAGGUCUAGAGAACGCGUUAGAAGGGGUCAUGAUCAUGAUCGGGAUCUUUAUAGAGAAAUUAUCGGCCAAGAUCAUGAGAAUUACGUAAGCAGCAGAGAAAGAGAGAGAACACGGAGGCGAUCCAAAGAAGAUGACAGAAGUUAUGAGCGAUCAAAUAGACCUUAUAAUAAUAAACGCCAUAACUCCCCAGAUAAAGAAACACACAGUGACAGCAAUGAAUCUAAUGAUGGCUAUGAGCAACAAAAUUCUUACAGUAAUCAACCGCAAAGGAUUAUCAUAAUACGAGGCCUUUCACUUCAAGUAACUGAAAGCGAUAUAAGGAGUGAUUUAUUACAAUGUCAUUUGACACCAUCAGCGAUUCGUCUUAUACGGAAGAAAAAAACUGGUGUUCCAAGAGGUUUUGCGUUUGUAGAUUUCGCAACACAAGAUGAGGCCAUACGUUGGAUGAGCUAUAGGCAGGGUUACCUAGAUCUUCCAAACUGCAGAGCAAAAAUGCAAUAUAGUCAGCCUCUAAUUAGGGAUCAAAAGUUUUUAUCAGACUGGUAUUGCGUGAAAUGUGGAGUCUUAAAUUUUAGGCGUCGUGAACUGUGUUUCAAAUGCUACGCUUCUCGUGAAGAAAGUGAAAAAGGUGGUGAAGGUAGUGAUGAAGUUAGCAAUAUUUUAACCAAAAAAAUUAUGCUACGCAAUUUGGAUGUAUUAACAACAGAAGAGAGCGUUGCAACUGUGAUGCAAGAAAAAAUACCUCAACAAGUAGCGAAAGUAACCAAAAUACUAAUAUGUCGUGAUCCACUUACUCAAACAUCACGAGGAAUAUGCUAUUUGUAUUUUGAUAAUUUAAUAGAUUCAAUGAACACACACAACGCACUAAAAACACUUGAUCCACCUUUAAAUAUAGAUGAUCGUGAAGUAUUAGUAACGUAUUGCGUUGAUUCUGAAAAUAAACAAAUAUUACCUAAACCAUCAAAAUCAUCAACAAGAGACCCUAUUCCAAAAUAUACUGCAAAUACUUAUCAGUAUACUUUAGCUGAUGUUCCACGUCUAGCUGAAUAUAGUGCCAGUAUGUACGCUUCAUCUGCUGCUGAAAAAGAACAUUACAUAAAAUAUUACACAAAUUAUUAUAUAGCAGAAAUAUCAAAAGGUCAAUAUGGAAAUUUGCCAACUAUGCACCAGUUAGGUGAAACAUCGGCGAAUUCAGGAGCUGCUGUAGCUUUAUCAGCCAUUCAAAGAAAGUUAGGAAAAUCUGUUAAAAGCAAUUCAACUACUGGCAAAAACUUCAAUAAAACUUACCCAAUGCCUGAUAUAACAACUUAUCAAUACGACGAAACUUCAGGUUAUUAUUAUGAUCCACUGACAAAAUUAUACUACGACCCUCAUUCGCAAUAUUAUUAUGACAAUGAAACUGGAUCCUAUAUGUAUUAUGAUCAAGAGCAGAGAAAAUAUGUAGUAGCACCAACUGCUUCUCAAGCUGCGGUUUCAACCACAACUUCUGGUGUAGUAGUGGAAGCUUCAGCUUCAACACAGUUAAAUAAUACAGGUGGUUCAAACGAAAGCGAAAUUAAGCCAAAAGAAGAACUGAAAAAAGAUGCGAAACACGAUAAAGUGAAAGUAGCUAAAAAAAUUGUUAAAGAUAUGGAAAAAUGGGCUAAACAAUUGAAUCAAAAAAAAGAAAUGACACAUUUUGCUCCAACGUCAUCAGCCACUCCGGCAGCGGCACCGGUAGCAACACCCGUUAUUGAUGUUAAACGAUCACAACAAUUAUCAAGUAAAUAUGCAGAUGUUGGUUUUUCAAUACUCGAGGGAAAAGAAAAACCUAUAAUAAAUAGCACUAUCGAAACAGAAUUAUCGAAUCGAGUUGUCCAAACAUAUAAUUCUGAUUCGGAUGAACAGGAAGAGCAUAAUAAUCAUCAAAAUAAUUCAUCAGAAUAUUCUAGUGAAAAAGAUUAUGUUGAUUAUGAGAAAUUGACAUGUUUAUUAUGCAAACGGGCAUUUCAAUCUCAAGAGAUAUUAAACAAACACUUAAAAAUGUCAAAGCUGCAUAAAGAUAACUUAGCAAAGUACAACUUAAACAAAAGUCUCAACAAUGAAACAAAUUUUUCGCAAGAAUAUAGAGAUAGAGCAAAAGAAAGGCGUCUUAAAUUUGGUGAAAGUGAUCCUCCACCAGUUAAUAGAAGUAAAGAAAGAUUUGAAAAAGAAUUAGAGUCAGUUAGUAUUAGUGUACAAUCACAAUUAGGCGCGAUGCCAAUAAGUGAAAAUAAUGUUGGUAACCGUUUGCUUCAGAAAAUGGGAUGGCAAGAAGGACAAGGUUUAGGAAAAAGUAAUCAAGGUAGAACAAAUAUAAUAGAGGCAGAUGGACGUAGUUCUACCGCAGGUUUAGGAUCCAAAGUUUCACAAUUUGGACCCGGUGAUGAUUAUAAAUCAUAUAUCAAACGUAUGAUGAAAUCACGCUAUGAAUCUGUCGAUACAAAAAAAUGAAAGGCAAUGUAUAUGGAAGUAGUUAAUAUUUAAAAUGAAAACAGAAAGUGAAGUAAAUUUCAUAAAAUAUUAUGUUUCCAUUUUAUAAGAAAAUAAAAUAAUUUUUUUUAAUAGAAAAAGAGAUAGAAUGAAUGGGAACGAUUUAGAUUAUUAUAGCAACACAAUUGAAUUUUAUUCUUAGCUAACAAAAAAAAUUAAGUUCAAGAAAACAAAAAAAAAAGUUUGAAAACGCCGAAAAACUUAGCUAUUUGUGACACACUAAAAUACCAAACACAUGGUUGCUUACAUGUAAAAUCAGAGAUUUAAAAUGGUUCAAAAUUUAUGCUUUGCAAGAGGUAUAAUUUCUUUUAAACGUAACAAUUGAGAUUUCAUUCCUAAGAGUACAAAACUCAUACACCAUUUUAAAUUGACCAAUAAAUAAUUUUGGUUACAAAAUUCAACGUUUAUUUUAUAUUGUUAAUUUUAUAAUACAUAUUUUAUUCAAGAUUAAAGAAUGAAUUCAUGAAAUUAAUAAUCUAAAUUCACUUCUUGAAACCAUUUUGAAUCUUUUUUGAUACGAUUGAGUUUGUUGACAAUUUAAAAUAGACAUAAAUUU